UCUCUCUCUAUAUCUGACUCCUAAUUAUACUUGUAUCACACAAUUUCCCCUCACAGCCGGCAGCCCUGAGACCGUCUCCACCUCCAGAGUAUGGCUCUGCUCCUCACUUCACCUCCUUCUCUCCCCUUCAAAAACCCUAACCCUAACCCUAACCCUAACCCUAACCCAACUCACUCCUCCCUCCUCCGCACCCCCAACCCCCAUUCCCUCUCUUUCUCUCUCCUCCCCAAAACCACCACCACCUGCUCUAACCCCAGAUUUCCCUCUUUCCGCUUCUACGCCACCGGAGAAUCAACGGGAUUUGUAGACGAGUGGGGCGAGAAGUCCGAGCCGGAUACCGAGCCCCCAACAAAGUUAUCGGACGCUGACCCUCCAAAAGACGAGGAUGAGUGGGGAGGGGUCGGAAGUGGUGGUUCCGAUGGCUACGUUUUAUCCGGUAACGGCAGUGCGCCAGCUUCGGCUGUCGAGGGUGAAGACGAUAAGCUGGUGGAGCUGAAGAGGUGUCUGGCGGAUACGGUUUACGGGACGGAUUUAGGGUUUGGGGCUUCGCCGGAGGUGAGGGCGGAGGUGUCGGAGUUGGUUAAUCAGCUGGAGGCGGCGAAUCCCACCCCUGCCCCGAUGGAGGCCGUGGAGGUUCUUGACGGGAAUUGGGUCUUGUUGUACACAGCAUCUUCUGAGUUGUUGCCCCUUUUGGCAGUAGGCACCACACCUUUCUUGAAGGUUGAAAGGAUUUGCCAAACAAUUAACACUAGCAUUGGUUCCAUAGAGAAUGCUGUCACAUUUUCCAGCCCUUUUGCCACUUUCUCCUUCAGUGCCUCUGCCAGCUUUGAAGUUCGGACUCCUUCAAGAAUACAGGUUGAAUUUAAGGAAGGGACACUUCAGCCUCCAGUGAUCAAGUCAAGCAUCGAUCUGCCAGAGAAUGUCGAUAUAUUUGGGCAGAGUAUCAAUUUGUCUCCUCUGCAACAGUCUCUUAGUCCUCUGCAAGAUGCUGUGGUAGGUGUCGUUCGUGCUAUUUCUGGUCAGCCUCCUUUGAAGGUUCCCAUUCCGGGUGAGCGAACAAAAUCGUGGCUUCUUACAACAUACCUUGACAAGGAUCUUCGGAUUUCAAGAGGGGAUGGUGGCCUUUUUGUGCUUGCUAAAGAAGGGAGUCAUCUUAUAGAAAAGUAACCCAGGUAGUUACAUUGACGUUCUUUUCUAAAGAUUAAAAUUGAUCUGUUGUAUAACCUGUUUGUAUUAUUGUAGUCUCGUAUAUCCUCUGGUUUUGUACCUUGUUUAUUUUUUCGGAUCGGAAAGAGAGAUUCAACUUUUAGUGUCGUUAUUCAUGAUGUUCUAUCUUCAGAUACCGAGUUGUCAAAAAAAUAUUCCUUUUCUGGUUGUGAUACAAUUGAGUGAAAGUUGAAUUAGGGAUUGUAAUUGUGAAACAAUAAAUCCAAUAUAUGUCAAUUGUGGAAUUCCUUUUC